UCAAGCAAUGGUUCAAUACCGUACCCACACGCCUCUUAUCCCAGUCAUCCCUGGCCUUCCCGAGGACCCAGCCGCAAGGAUGGAAUCUCGUAGAUCCUCGGCAGAGAAACUCACGAUCAUCCUUGUGUUCAUAUACUUGUCACGGGACGUCGCCUCCGUCGAUUUGAUCCCCUACUUCCGCGUGCAUCAUGGGCAAAGAUACGAGAAUGUGACGUCAGAAUCUCAGGAGCUCAGCCUCGGAUCUUGCACAGUAAAUUGUGUGUUGCAGGAACCGAGUGCCUGUUCCGCCUUCAACUAUCGGGAGACAGAUGGUUCGUGCCAGUUGAUUCUCCACGGGAAGAGCAAGCUUAUUGAAGCCAAUGGAUACCUGUCCUACGUCCAGAGUGAGGAAGUGCAUUUGUAUCCAGAAUGUCGUUUGACAGCAAAAGGCAAGGAAUAUGUAGGAGGAAUGAACGUGACAGAAUCGGGUAGGAAGUGUCUUUUCUGGAGAGACUAUCCGUUCGGAAGACCGGAUGACUUCUCGGACAUCCCAUUAAUGAUACGUGACGACCCUAACUUCAUUGAAAGACAUUCUCUUGACACUAAAUGGAUUUCUGAUCCUCCCGGAAUGCCGGCAUAUGACGAAUUAUAUGAAGGCCACUUCCUUAAUCGAGACUCCGGGUCUCACCGCAACUACUGCCGGAAUCCGUCCGGGAGGGAGAGACCCUGGUGCUUCGUUUCCGAUCCUGAUAUCCAGUGGGAAUACUGCAACAUCCCUUUUUGCACUGACGCAGUCGCACCGGAAUGCAAAGUGACUCGAUGGGGAGGGGAAUACAUGGGCACGAAGAACGUGACAAUCCAAGGAUGGCCCUGCCUGCCUUGGAGAUACCAAGAAGAUAUUGAAAAUCUCCUCCUGGCUUUCCCUGAUCCCGAUCGCGUUGACGAAGAUCACAACUUCUGCAGAAACCCAAAUGUGGAAAAUGGAAGCUUCAUUUAUAACCUUAAUCCAAACGCAGCUCCUUGGUGCUACCUGGAUUUCAGGAAAAAAUAUGUGAAUCUGAUCAAAUGGGCUUUUUGCGACAUCUCAUUCUGCGACCUGGGAAAUGAAAUAUCUGAAACCGGGACGGGAGUAUAUCCAGAUUGCCGACUGUCAGAAAAGGGAAGGGAAUACGUGGGGAGCCGGAACGAGACAGAAACUGGCAGGCCAUGUCUACCAUGGCUUCCUCAACCAUACGAAACCCCUUGGGAUUUUUACCCCAGAGGGUUUCUGUACCAUCUACAUUUCAUGGAUCCCUUCAGGCGACCGGAAUUCAACAUCCGCCACAACCACUGCCGAAAUCCAGGUGUAGACAGGGAGCGACCAUGGUGCUUCGUCUCCGACAAUGACACACAGUGGGAGUACUGCGACAUCCCCUUCUGCCAAGACCUCAAUCCACCUGAAUGCAAAAUCACAGAGCGAGGAGCGGAGUAUGUGGGAAAGAGAAGCGUGACGAUGUCCGGGGUACCCUGUCUACCUUGGCUCCAGAUCGCCUUUUUCUUCUUGUUCGAUAAGAUGAUCCUCAAGAUUCCAGAUGAAGUAGAUGGAAGGCAUGCGUAUUGCCGCAACCCUGAUGGAAGGGAUUACGGCCCUUAUUGCUACACCGGAGUCAAGUAUUCAUAUUGCGACGUUCCAUUCUGUCCAACUGAUGACAGUGAAAAAUGCGAUGUUCAAGUCGGAGGGCAGUGUGUCAGUGAG